AACGCCUUAGAUUUAAGCGCACCCGCCAGUGAUGUCUUAUUAAAAUCGAGAAAUAGCAGUUGGUUCCAACUAAGCGGUCAUCCGGAUAGUUUAGCCCCAGCGGGACCUGGAACUGUUUGGAAAAAACGCAGCGGAGAUCCGAGUGACACAGAAAGAUACGUUUAUGAAGAAUUAAGCAAAGAUCCGAGCCUGAGGGAUAUAGCACCAAGAUAUUUCCGCGAAGUUGAAUAUAAAGGAGAGAGAUUUAUUGAGUUGCAAGAUUUAUUAAGCGGAUUUCAAGACCCUUAUGUAAUCGACAUAAAAAUGGGUACAAGAACAUUCUUAGAAUGUGAAGUUGAAAAAACCAACGCUCGCAACGAUUUAUAUAAAAAAAUGAUAGCAAUUGACCCAAAUGGUCCAUCCAAAGAAGAACACCAAUUAAAAGCAGUUACGAAAUUACGUUACAUGCAAUUUCGUGAGAAUCAAUCGUCAACGAGAAGUCACGGAUUUCGUAUUGACGCGAUGAAAUGUCGCGGAUCACCCCCAGUAACUAAUUUAAAGACUAUUAAAUCACCCGAAGAUAUUGCAAGGACGAUGGAUACGUUUCUUGGUGGCAAAAGUGAAGUGAAACGACGACUUUUAGAUCGAUUGAGAGAGAUUCGAAUGAAAAUUGAACAAUCAGAUUAUUUUAAACGUCACGAAGUUAUUGGUAGUAGUUUAUUUAUGAUUUAUGAUGAUCAUAAAAUCGGGGCUUGGUUAAUUGAUUUUGCGAAAACGAAUAAAUUGGAUGAAGGGAAAACGGUUGAUCAUAGAACACCGUGGAAACUUGGAAAUCGCGAAGAAGGAUUAUUAUAUGGAUUUGAUCACUUAAUAAAUAUUAUCGAAAAUGUUCAAUGCUUGGAAAAUAAGAACAAUGGAACCAUGUCGAAACCUUUAACGGUUUCAGUUACUUCUUGAACUCGCUUAAUUAAGAAAAUUGUAUACAAAAAGAAUCCCUCUCCCUCUGUUGGAAGCAGAAAUGAGAAUUUGAUUAAAUUAACAACUUUUUUGAAGAAAGAAUUUUGAGUGUUUGGUCCGGAUCGAAGAUGUGCGCUUGAUUUUUUUUUAAAGACAAGAGUUUUGGUUUUUUUGACUGAUACGGAAAACAGUUUGAGCAUCCUAUCUAGUCAUUCCCCCCUGAUAAGUCUUAAUCUAGGUACUUAAGUAUUUAAUUAGAAUUAAGAAGCGUAUUAUUAAUAUUGUAUUUUUUGUAUAAUAAAACAUUUCAUUUUA